AUAACAGCUUAUCCAUGUUGUUGAAUGGCAGUAGGUUCAUUUGUUUUCCUAUACGCGUUUUAAGUAGUUAAAUCAUAUUUGGCAAUCUAGUCAUAAACAACAAAUGAGCGGGUUCGAAUGGCAGCGAGUUCAAAAACUUACGUGCCGCUUUUUUCAGUUUCUGCAAAAUGUACCCGGGGGACAGUAACUCCGUACAAAUUAUCGGUCGCAAUUUUUAUUCAGGAGUACUGCCUCCUGAAAGCCAAAGAAAACUCGGUGUCACUGGGAGGUGAGGGUUAUUCUUCCCCUCCCGCCGUGAUGAGCUCACGACACAGGAGAGACUUCUGCAUGCUGGCGUUGAAGCUCAUUCAGUCGCCUGACAUGGAGAUGUCGGAACUGCACCGGGAGGUGACCGGCGGGAGGUACGGCGUGUCGCUGAGGACGGUCCGCAACUUCAAGGACCGCAUGGCCCGGCUGUUCGACGAGGGCAUCAGCAGCCUGCUGGACGUCUCGCAGAGCCUGCGGACCUUGAUGAGCGAGCCGUCGCAGAUCAACCCCACGGUCCACCGCUCCAGCAUCAUAGGUAUAUAUUUGCGCCGUAUCGUGGUUUAUUUCGACAAGUUGAACUUCUCCCAGCUGGUUUCCUUGUUCACUUCGUUCAAAUCGUACUACUUGCAAGCCAAGCUGGACGAUGUGCCGGAAACCUGCGCGAUGGGCGACACAGCAGUAACUUUGGAAGAGUCGAACAUGAUCAAGUCGCACAUGGAAACUCCUGCAUCGAGCAUGCCCGCCGGGAGGAAUCGUGAUGGCCCGGCGAAGCGAAAGAAAGAUAGCAGCGAGAGGGUGUACUGGUCGAAGAGGCAGGCCGACCUGUUCAUCUCCCAGCAGGCGGCCCUGAUUCAGAACAACGAGCCCGCCGCCCUGCCGCCGCGCGAGCUGCAGAAGAAGAUCCACAGCCUGCAGCGAGACAACCCGGACUACCCCGGCGUGCACUUCCUGCGGUUCCUGAACUGCGUGCGGACGAGGGAGUUCUGCGGCGCGGUGGACAGCCUGCACCACUGCUGGGACCGCAACUCGUUCCCGCCGGAGGCCAAGGGCGCCAGCCCCGACGAGAAGGUGCGGGGUCUCCGCUACGCCGCCCUCAACAUGGCCAUGCUGCACACCUUGUUCGGGCACAGUAAGGAAGCGAUCCAAGCGCUGAAGGAGGCCAUAAUGACUUCCCACGAGGGGAAUGACAACCUCUGUCUGCAGCACGCCCUGGCCUGGCUCUACAAGCUCAGCAACGAAGACAACAAGGUGAUCCUGAUGGAGCGGUCCAUCACGAAGAGCACCGAGCUGAACCUCAGCUACCUGACGUCGCUCGGAAUCCUGGCCCUGAACCAGCUGGAGGCCGCCGACAAGGGAAUACCUGCGCUCAUAUUCGACCUGUCAUUCACGAGCGACUCGCUCAACUGCCAGCACUCGAUGAUGGACCUGGCGGUGACGAGCCAUGCCCAGCGCGCGGCGCUGUGGUGCCUGUACGGCAAGAUGCAGAUGUGCUCGCUCUUCAGCCAGCUGGUGCUACACCUGGGCUCGUUCGGCGGGCGGGGCCCCGCGGCGCACAACGGCGAGGGCUGCUGCCUGGCCGCCUGCAACGUCGCCAACAUCCUCACCGAACAGGGGGAGUACCAGCUGGCGGCGCUGGUGCUGCGGCACGCCAAGGGGCAGUACCCCUCGGACCCGCUGGCCGUCUCCUGGAAGCUGUCGGAGCAGCUGCUGCACUUCACCCGGGCCCUCCGCCACGGCCGCUGGCUGGACGCCGGGCAGGCCGUCGCUCACCUCGCCAACGUCAGCGAGUGGGAGAGUCGCCUCAGGAAGGUUGAGCUGCUGAUGGAGAAGGGGGACCUCGCCGGCGCGGCUUCGGCCGUGAGCGCCGUGCUGGACCGCUGCCGGGGCAUGGGACAGCCGGACUGCGCGGCGGUGGACGCCAACGCCCGCGCCCUGGUGCUCCUGGGCGAGGUGCGGUCCCGCGGGGGGAGCCCGGGGGCGGCCGUGUCGGCGCUGUGCCGGGCGCUGACGGCCGCGCGCGCGGGCCACCAGUCCUACCACGCCGCGCUCGCCGGCCUGCUCCUGGCCCACACGCAGCUGCAGAUGGGGCUGCCGUCGCACGCGCUGAGGCUCGCGGACCGCUUCCUGCCCGCGGUGCUGUCUCACGGCGCGCUUCACGACGCGGCUCGCGGCUUGCUGCUGCUGGCCAAGUGCCGCGUCGCCGCGGCUUCCGACCUCGCGCCCGGCGCCAGGGCCGCCGCGCUGGCCGGCGCCGUCGCCGUGCUGGACCGAGCGCGGGCCGGCUUCCUCAAGGUCGAGGCGCACUCCCGCGCCAAGGACGUGCUCUACCUCCAGGCACUCCUUUGCAACGAGGUUGGUGACCACUCGGAGAGGAACAAGUACGCGGCAGAGUUCCGGCAGCUGGACGAACAGUACCCGACCAAGAUGCCCGCGACCUUGCUCACUCAGAUGUGAAGGGACGGCCGUCCUCCUCGCGAUUUGUGUGCCUGUGUGUCUUGUCUUUUGUAAUAUACCUAAGCAUGUCACAGUUUAAAAUGAUGUCUUCAGCAGU